AUGACGUCUUCAAGUUCAAAAGGAAAACGAAAAGAAUGGAACACUGAUCACAUGACAGAAGCUAUACAAAUGCUUAGAGAGAAAACAAUGGGAUAUUUUAAAGCAGCAAAACACUUUGAUGUACCGAGAACCACGUUGUUUCGAUUGUGUCAGAAAAAUGAGCUAUCUCCAGAAGAAGCUGCAGCCACAAAAUUAGGAAGAAAAUCUGUUUUAGGUGAUCAGCUCGAAAAUCUACUAGUAGAAUAUAUUUUAAAGAUGGAGAGCAAGUUUCAUGGUUUGACGAGGAAUGAUGUUCGUAGAAUGGCGUAUAUGUUGGCCAAACGCAAUCAUUUGGAGAAUCCGUUUGGUGAGUCCGGAAUGGCUGGAAAAAAUGGCUAA